GGCUGCUGUCUUACGCAGCGUUAUACUCUCACCAAAAUUAUUCUUCCUCUUUAUUUUUUUAAAAAAUUUUCCGGGAAAAUUCUGGGGAGUAAAGCGGGAGAAAGUGACGGAAAAUUCUGAAUUUUCCGUCGUACAAAUACAAAAUGCAUUCCCUGAGCCUUAAGGUUUUUACUGAUUUGAAUGCGAGAACGAGGAGGAACUGUUUUCCUGGUCGGGUCGGUCACGGAUUGGCUACAGAUCUAGACUUUGUGAGGACGAGAAGGGUUGGGUGGGGUUGUUGGAAUGGCGGCGCUGCUGGUGUUCGGAGGUGUAGGAUAGUGGCGUGUGCGGUGAAGAGGAACGGGAAUGGCGGGAAUGGUGGAGGGGAGAGUCCGAGUUUGAACCCGAACCCGACUCCGAAUGAGAGUUCGUAUGUAUCCCGGAGCCAAACUUAUGCAAUGCUGAAACAGCAAAUGCAGGUCGCUGCUAAAUCUGAGGAUUAUAAAGAAGCAGCAAGAAUACGUGAUUCUCUGAAAAUGUUUGAGGAAGAAGAACCUGUUUUGAAACUUAGGAGGUUGAUUCGAGAGGCUGUUGCUGAUGAAAGAUUUGAGGAUGCAGCUCGAUAUCGUGAUGAGUUGAAGGAAAUUGCACCUCAUUCUCUCCUGAAAUGUUCAAGUGAUGCAACAACCUUGGGAAUCAGAGUUCAAGUUAGGAGUGUGUACAUAGAGGGGCGAAGUCUGCCUUCGAGGGGCCAGUACUUUUUUGCAUAUAGAAUAAGAAUAACCAAUAACUCAGAUCGUCCUGUUCAGCUUCUCAGAAGGCAUUGGAUUAUCACGGAUGCCAAUGGGAAAACUGAAAAUGCUUGGGGGAUGGGAGUUAUUGGUGAACAGCCAGUUAUUCUUCCCAGAACAGGUUUCGAAUACUCAUCUGCUUGCCCAUUAAGCACGCCCAGUGGCAGAAUGGAAGGAGACUUUGAGAUGAAACACAUUGACAGAUUAGGCUCACCGAGUUUCAAUGUAGCCAUUGCCCCAUUUUCUCUUUCCACACUAGGAGAUGAUUCCGAUAGUUUGUGAAAUCUGAAACUAUAUUGUUACCUUGGUGAAGUGGAGUUACCAUAUCUACAAAUAGAAUCAGGUUAUUUUCGAACUGAAGCUUCUCAUUGUAAAAUAUGUUUUUUUGUGAUCCAAAUGUAUAGAUCUUCCUAUGUAAGUGAGUAUAUAGGCUAAUAUUCUCUUCAACUGUUUUCCCGUACAGACAAACUAAUGAAAACUGUAAACAAAAUGAUUUGAUAGAGAUGAAUGUAAAUGUUUUUGUAUGAAAAUUUCCCCUUUGAUUGAAUGAAAAUCUAAGUAGCGUGAGUUGGAA